AUGUCCGCUGCUGUCGAAAGUGACAGACCGGUUGAAGUUCUGCCAUUGUCCACGCAUGGUGAUCCUUGUCGAGAGGAAGUGGCCUGGAAAGGGCUCGAAAUUGAGAGCCAACUUGAAUCCCGCUUGUUGCAGAAGAUAGAGAAGAGGAUGGUCCCGUUCAAGACAUUAUCCGUUCUUGGGCAUGUUUCCCGCAACGCUGUCUCAAUCGCAGCAGUAUUUGGCUACCGGGAGGCUCUGGAUCUGACUCCAGUGAAGUUCUCCCUCGUGAUCGCAGCGUAUCAGAUUGGACAGAUCCUGGCUGUCGCUCUACAAAGGUGGGUAAAGCUACCACUAGCACGUACAAAGCCCUCCUUGGGCCCUGCGUCUGCCCUCGGUAUCGGAGUCGCAUUCCUUGCCACCGGCGUCUCAUCGACAUUCUCGCAAGCAUGUGCCGCGCGUGCUGCGCUGGGAUUCUCAUGUGCGGCCUUUGGCAUCAGCCAUACCGAACUGAGGAAGCAGUGGGAUAAACCGGAGCUGCAUCCGCCCUCGGCAUACGUCGCACCUCUAGCUAACAUUGUCGGCCUCUUCACCGCGGGAGCCACUCUCUCUUCAAACGGCAUUACUAAUCUCGCGCCGGUCGUCUGGAAACGCAUAUUCUAUUUCCAUCCAGUUUUGAUCGUCAUUUUCGCGGUGGAUGCAUGGGUCCGACUGCCUGGAUCACCGGAGACCGCUGCGUGGCUCUUGCCAUCCGAGCGUGAGCUCAUGCAGAAAUGGCAUAUAGGCAGACAAGUGCAGUCAGAUGCAGUUGCAGAUACGGAUAUAACCAGUACAGACGCAGGUUCGCCGUGGUACGCUCGGAGACGGCCCGUGUUGAGGAUGCUUUAUCUUGGGUACUGCUUGAUGGCGGUCUCGUUGAUCAAGUCCUUCGAGAUGUUCUGGCCUCUGAUAUUCGUCUCCGCGGUCGGCGUUGACAAGCCAGAUGCGCUGACCCUGCUGCUGGGCAGCAUUCCAUGGAUCAUCCCUGCGCUGGCGACGUUGAUGUUUGCACGAUGCUGGAAAGGGCUUUUGGCCAAGCCAUUCGGUCGUGUCCUGCAGAUAAUGACCAUAACCUACCUCGCCGCUGUCACCCCCGCAUUGUUCGGGUUUGCACUUCCCUACUUUGGGGAGAACAAAGCGUUCACGGUGGCUUAUACUUGCAUGGUUCCAAUCCUGUUCAUCGGAGACGUCCCCUACACCACGAUGUCGGGUUUGGGUUCUGCUGCACUAGCAUCCUCCAUACCUCGGCGGAUACGUCCAGUCGUGCUGCCGUUCUUACGUUCGUGCUCUAUCGCGGGGUGCAUCCUGGGAUCCUUCGUCUGGGUCGUCGGGGAUGGUCUUCCUUUCCAUACCACGGGCGCUGUUUCGGCUGUCGGCCACAUAACUUUUGCAACGACAUCCUUUCAGUGGUGGCGUGAUGAAGUUGUGCAAGAGGCCUUACGACAAAGAGAGAAGAAGUCUGCUGGGGAGGUCCCUAUGGUAAUGGACGAUUCAGAGCCCUCAGUCUAA